AUGUCAUAACAAUUUAAUCCAAGAGACUAUAUUACAGAUAAUUUAGAUGAAGAAUAGAUCAAAAAAAUUAAAGAGAUUUUUGAUGUCUUUGAUUCUGAUCGUUCUGGAAAAAUCUCCCCCAAAGAAAUGUAAGAUGCUAUAAAAAAACUCAACAUGGAAGCAGAAGCUUAAACAAUUAUGGAUAUUAUAGCUGACGCUGAUAAUGAUGAUGAUUGCGAAAUAGAUUUUUCAGAAUUCUUAAAAAUUUUUGGUUUUACAGCAACCUUCGAAGAGGACAAAACUCUAGAUGAUUUAUUCAACGUUUUUGAUGAAGACAGAGACGGAUUUGUGACUUACGAAGAUUUCUAUAGAAUAUGUAGAAAAAUUAACGAAAGAUAUAGCGAAAAUGAACUUAAAGAAAUGAUUGAAUAUGCUAGUAAAGAAGAAAAAGGAAAAGUAAGUAAAGCUGAAUUCGAAAAUAUAGUAAAAAAGAAGUAUGCAGCUGUUUGA